UUUGUUUGUCGAUUGAAUUGAGUUUUCAAUUGAUUUGUGUUUUCAGCGAAUAUUUGACCGAAAAUUAUGUCGAUUUCGGGAACAGAUGUCGAGGUCUGGGAUUUCAGUGAAUCCGCUGCCGCUGUGGUCACGAAGACGUCGACUGACCAUCACAUGAGUGGUAAGGCUUUGAGUGAAGACACGGUGGGAAGCGAUGCGAAGACAACGCCAUCGAAGGUGUUGUAUGUCUUCGACAGAAACCGAUCGACAGAUCCGCGUCUGAGGAGUGGUUUCGAGAGUCACCACAAAUUGGGUUCAUUUCGUAUUGAAGACAAUCACAGCUAUAAUGACGUGAAUUGCGAGCAAAAUGUCGUCAAAAGCGAUGAAGACUUGAAGACAAUCGAGAAAAUGGCGGUCAAUCUGAUGGACGGUUUCGCCGAGUCUUCAGUGAUAACUGACUACAAGUCAUACAAAGAGUUGAAAUGGAAGUACUUCUUAAAGUGGAUCCGAAGGUCGCGAUGUCUGGAAGACAGGCCAUCGGAAGCUUUACCACAGUUUGUCUCAUUCGGUGGUCUCUUCGCAUCACUGCUGAUGACUCCCAAUCUGUGCGAAGACUGGACUCUAUUGGUGUCGAAAUUCAAAGAAACGAUUUUCAUGAAUAAGAUCCGAUUCAGUAAUCACUCGAAGGGUCGGCACUCCAGAGACCAGUCACUCGAGCCAUCGCUCACUCGUGAGACGACUUUUGUCGAUAAGAACCCAUACUUUGCGGCAAAAGUGACUCAAAUUGUGACCAAAAGUGAUAAACAAGUGAUGAAUAGAUCCGUCAAUGAGUUCGAGAAGUGUUUCAAUUGUUUUGAGACUGAAAUCGGCGGACACCGAUUGCUAUUAAUGUCGGAAAUGGAUGCCAUCGACGAAGAGGACAAUCAGUACGACAUUAAGUGCUCAAAGAAUAUGGCUUUUGGGCAAAAGCUGUUGAACUGGUGGUCGCAGAGUGUGGUCGCAGACAUCGACUUCGUUAUGGUUGGGAUCAAAGACAACGAGAAUGUGUUGAAAGAGAUCCGAAGAGUGAAAGUCUCGGAAAUCCCGGAAAUGGUUUCGUUUCGCUGGAAGACUGACGAGUCGUUUGCUUUUGUGAACCGAUUCCUGGAUUACAUGAAAGACGUGAUGAAAGACUGCAAAGAUUUGGAUGUUUUUAGAGUUCAGUUCAGAAAGAGAGACAAAUGCGUCAGAAGUACUGAACUGACGGUCAAUACACUGCUUCCCAAUUGGUUCACAUCUGCAGAGGAAUGGGAUGAAUGGGACCAUCAGUUCGACACUCAAACCGUUCGCAUCUAAAGCUCAAAUGUUUGCCAUAAAUACUCAGC